AUGACUACGAGUAUCCUUGAACGUCAAUUAGGAACAAACGGUCCUAAAGUGUCAGCAAUUGGUUUCGGAGCUAUGGGUUUAUCUGCUUUCUAUGGAACACCUGCUCCGGAUGAAGAGCGUUUCAAGGUUCUUGAUCGUGCUAUAGAACUAGGAAGUACUUACAUCGACAGUGCCGAUAUUUAUGGCAAUAAUGAACAAUUGAUCGGAAAAUAUUUCAAAAAAUAUCCGGAAAAACGUCAGAAGGUCUUCUUGGCAACAAAAUUCGCCAAUGUAUUUCUUCCGGAUGGCACAGCUACUGUUCGCGGUGAUGCUGAAUAUGUUCGACAAUCGAUUGAGAAAAGUUUGAAAAAUUUACAACUACCAUAUGUCGAUCUUUAUUAUGUUCAUCGAAUCGAUCCUAAGGUGCCUAUUGAAGAAACAAUGGGCGUGAUGAAAGAACUUGUUGAGCAAGGAAAAAUCAAAUAUAUUGGCUUGUCUGAAUGCUCAAGUGACACGAUUCGUCGUGCAUACAAAGUUCAUCCAAUCGCAGCUGUUCAAGUGGAAUAUUCACCAUUCAGUUUAGAUAUCGAACGAGAAGAAAUCGGUGUUUUGAAAACAUGUCAAGAACUUGGCAUUGCCGUCGUUUGUUAUUCACCGUUAGGUCGUGGAAUGUUAACUGGACAAUACAAAAGUGCAGAUGAUUUCGAGCAGAACGAUUUCCGUCGGCACUUGCCAAGGUUUUCCAAAGAAAACUUCCCGAAAAAUCUUCAAUUGGUGGAGCAAUUGCAGAAGUUUGCUCAGAAGAAAGGUUGCACAACAGGUCAAUUGACAUUGGCUUGGAUAUUGGCACAAGGCGAACAGUUUUUCGUCAUUCCGGGAACGACAAAAAUUAAAAACCUUGACGAAAACAUCGGUGCAAGUCAAGUUAAAUUGAGCAAGGAAGAAGUCGAGGAGAUUCGACAGGCUUGUCAAAACGCGGAUACUGCUGGCGAACGUUAUACCAAAGAACACAGUAAACAUUUAUACGGUGAUUCAGCUCCGAAGAAAAAUUAA